AUGUGCAUCCCACGGCCUAGUUUUGCACUCGGUCGACGCCUAGAGUCUACCGCCCUACAUUUUUAUCAGAAUAGACAGCUAGAGCUUUAUGCGGCCAGAGAGACUAAGCGGCUGACGUUGAGACAGCUGGUGUUCUUUGGUCGUUCUAUGAACGAGGACCGUAUUGUCAAAAGUGCCAACUACGUUCGUACAGAGCUCCCCGUCCGCAUCGCCCAUCGUCUACGGGACCUUCAGGCUCUGCCUUAUAUCGUUGUGACUCAGGAAGGUGUCGCCAAGGUCUAUGAGCUCUACUGGUCAGCUUUCGAAAAAUUUCGACGCUACCCAGUGGUGACUACCAUAGCCGAGAAUGAAAAGUUCUGUCAAUUCGUGGCUCAGCUUCUCAAUGAACAUGCAACCGUGAUUCCAAAUCUCUAUCUCGGCCUUUCGCUAUCGUCACCCUAUCUCGCACCAGAUCAGCUGGACUCUUUUAUGCGUCGAAUGCUGAUCUCACGCAUUUCCCGACGUGUUCUGGCAGAACAUCAUAUUGCCCUUUCAGAAGCCUAUGCUGGAACCCGUGCGCAGGAAUCUCACGUUGGCAUCAUUUCUACGGCCCUCGAUGUCGGAGGAUGUAUCCGCCGUUGUAUUGAUCUAUUGAAGUCUCGGUCUCUUCAAGACGCAAAGGGAUGGCCCCAAGUUGUCAUCGACGGGCAUUUGACAUGCAGGUUUCCAUACAUUCGGGAGCAUCUUGAAUACAUAAUUUUCGAGCUUCUCAAGAAUGCAAUGGAUGCAACCCGUCAUAGACACGCUUCCAGUGACAGCUUGCCCCCAAUCAAUGUCACAGUCGCGGAAGGGCCAGACGAUGUAGGCAUUCGAGUAUCGGACCAAGGAGGUGGCGGUCUGCUGAACUCAUCUUGCGCAGUGAAGUCUCCCGAGGAUCUCUUUUCGUUCUCGCAUGUCAGGAAUGCAACCCGGUUGGACGACUCGCGCCUAGUUGCGCUUCGCACGGUCAGCAGCAGCCAAGAAGGAUUACGGGCAACUGUUGGUGAACAAGUUGCAAGAUGGAAACAAGAUGGGGAGACCGAUAAUGUUGCGUUACAAGGGUCACAUCCAAAGAUUGGUAUAGGGCUUCCUAUGAGCAAUAUCUUUGCUACAUAUUUUGGAGGUUCCUUGGAGUUGGUAUCUCUAGAUGGAUGGGGGACAGACGUAUAUUUGCGUGUUCCGAAGCUGGGAACAAACCUUGAAGGAAUAGAGGUUUAA